GUGGUGGUGGUCGAGGUGUAUGCUGGUAGCGGUGACUGUGAAGAGCUUGCGGGUCGUGGUUCGGUGGUUUACGCAGUGGCAGAAGGUGGCCAAGUGGAUGCGGGACAAAAAAUUGAUACCCAUCAGACUCCGCUCUCUCUCUCGACGGCACUUGUGGUAGCGAGGCAGUGUGGCAGAGAGAGUAAUGUGGUUACCAUCCGUCUUGCAGUUGGUCUCUAUUUGCUCGACUUUCCCAUCGAAAUGCCUCCCUGGACAGCCAUCGAAGGCGGAUUCGUGCAAGCUGGCGGAAGUGGGAUGUGGGAAAAGUCCAACAAGGCCAUCUCCCACCUCCAACGGGUUUUGCCCUCGAUCAAGAUCGAGGGUGUCAACAUCUUGGUCGCCAUCGAGGCGCUUGGCCUGCCGUACUUUCGUCUGGCGGAUGUCAAGGUCUCGACCGUCGACGCACCGGUGCUGAUCGACGAGAGUGGCAUCUCGACCUACGCCCUCCUCGCCCGCUUUUGCGAGUCAGUUGAGCUUGUCCGCGUCGUGUUGGCACCCGGAAAGGGAGGCGAUGGCGUGACGCAACCACAGCCGCCGCAGGGCGAGCGCGGAGCCAUUGACGCGCCCGGCGUGGACGGAUCCCCCGGAAGCAACGCACCACCGAUCGUCUUUCUUAAUGGCAUUCAUCGUGUGCUCUCGGCGGGCAGGGGCGGCGACGGUGCCGGUGGGAGCGGCGGCGGCGGCGGAGCCGGUGCGCAGGUCAACUCUUGGGCCGACACAGGAACGCUAGGAACCGGCGGCGGCGGUGCAGGUGGUGGAGAGGGUGGGCUCGGCGGGCAUCCGGGACACUCUGGCGGCGUAGUGACUGCGCUCUCUGUCUUUGACAUCACCGGUGGGGCAGAGCUUAUUGAUGUGGCCAUCGAGCUCGGGGCGCCCGGCACAGGCUCGCGCGGAAGCGCCGGCGGAGAUGGCGGCGAUCCGGGGACGCCUGGCUCGCGCGGCUCGACCAACCGAUCCGUCGGUCACGGCGGGCUUGUCGGCUACCGCGGCGGGAACGGCGGCGAGGGCGGAAAUGGGACGGACGGGUUUGCGGCGGAGAUCGCGGGCGUGGAGCCGGUCACUCGUGUUCCACCGACGUCGUAUGUCUUCAGCUAUGAGCCGGCGUUCUCGGCCUCGGCGAGCGCGUACUGCACCAACUCGCUGGUGGAGGUGAGCAAGGGCGAUAGUCUUGCGUGGGAGUGGCCGGCGAGUGACGCUGUAACCAUCUUCUCGGAGAACGCCACCUUUGCCGCAGUUGCCUACGGCGAGAUCGGGCGGUACACCAUCGGGGCCGGGACGAUCCGGCUCCACGAGUUUGUGCACAUCGCGCGGACCUCGCCGCCGCUUGUCCUCGUGCCGUCGGGCCUCUCCGAGCCCGGCGGAUCGGCCGGCGAGCGAGCCGCGAUUGUCAACUCGCCGAUCCCACCGUCGCUGGCGCUUUUCCCGGCGCCGGGCCUCUCACUCCCGGUCACGUGGCGGGCGAGUGGGACGGCCGGAUGCGACGGGCUGACGGCGAGCGGGUGGAACUUGACGGCGCUUCCGCUCACCAGCGAUGGAUACUGCGACAUCGAGCUGACGGUGGCGUCGGAGACGUGCGGGACACUGAUGACGCGGACACGGGUGGUGACGUCGACGGUCGAUCCAGGCCAGACGACGACGACGGCGGUUUCGCCGAUCUCGCUGGAGGUUGGUGAGUCGUGGACGUUUACGCUAGAGACGUUUGACAGCGCCGGACGCCCACUGGCGCGCGGCGACGAUGUCAUCGGCGUCUACCCGACGCUCGGCCCGUACACUGGCCCGACAGCGUAUGCGGUGUCUGUCGCCUCGCCAUCACUGGGCGUCUUUCACGUCUCGGCCACCUUUACCAAUCCGGGCAUGCAGUCUGUGGCCAUCACCCGCAACGGGAUUCCGCUCCUCGGGGUCGGCAACCCGCACGAGCUCAACAUCGGGUCGUCGGCGGUGUCGCCUGGCGAGUCGACGGCGUCCGGCGCAGGCAUCGAGAGCCCGAUUGUGGGGCAGAUGAUGGAGGUGGUUGUCACCUCGCGCGACUUGUUCGGCAAUGUUAUCACGGUCUCGCCCGGCAGCUCUGUCCGGGCCACCAUGGUCUCUGAGAGUGCGUCGACACCUGUCGAGUGCGGCGCGAUAGGGCUCGGGCUCUCCAAGUGCACGUACAACGCGGCGGAUCCGGGCUUCUACACGCUCAACAUUGUGAUUAAUGGGGUGCCCAUUGCCGGCGCGCCGUUUUCGCUCGCGCUCCUUGCCGACUGCGACCGCGGGAUGUACGCCGAGACGCCGUACGGGCCGUGCGCAGCGUGCAGCUCGAGCGAGUGGAACGACUCGCCGCGCGGGCCGUGCCAGGCCUGCCCGCCGCACACGCUCUCGGUCUUUCCGGCAGGCACAAUGAGCAACUGCACCUGCGCCAGCGGCUACUGGCAAAGGGCGGGCGCGAGCGCAGAGGCUGGAUGUGAGGCAUGCCCCAAGGGCGCGGUGUGCGACGGUGGGCGGGCGCAGCCGCGGGCUGAGCCUGGCUAUUUCCCGGUCGAUGCCGAGGGCGGCGUGUUUGCGUCGUGCCCGCAGGCUUCGUCGUCAUGCGCUGGCAACGGGCAGUGCCACAAGGCGUACACUGGGUUUCUCUGCAAGGACUGCGAGGGCGGGUACUAUCGGACGGCGGAUGGGCAAUGUUUCGCGUGCCCGCAGAGCUCUGGCCUCAUGAUGGCCGGGUUUGGGUGCGGGCUCGUUGUGGCGGGCCUCGUCGGGGUGGCGAUGGCGGCGAAUGCGAUGGCCAAGCCGCAGGACACGGCGUCGCACCGGUCGUCUGUCCCGCACUCGCUCUCUGCGGCGCUUGUCCUCCUCCAGAUUCUGGGGCUCAUCUCGACGCUCCCGCUCUCAUGGCCGGGCUCUGUGGAGCGAACCAUGUCACCGGGCAACGUGGCAAACCUCGACAUGUCGAUCUUUGCCACCGGGUGCUCGAUCACUUCGUUUUCGUCGCGGUACCUGCUCUCGCUGGCAGUGCCAGCUGUGGUCUUUGCUGCGGCGGUGCUUGGGGCGUGCAUGUUUGGCCUCGCGCAGCGGUGCGGGCUCAUCGCCGCCGGCUCGGAGCUCGCCCGAGUCAAGCCGCGAUCGAUGGUGGAGCGGCUGGUGGUGACCGUCGCGCCGCUGCUGUACAUCCCGCUGAGCAAGUCGGCGCUUGCGCUCUUUGAUUGCUCGCGGUUCCCCAACGGAAAGUACUUUCUGGACGCCGAGCCGAGCUUUGAGUGCUUCUCGGAUAGAUGGUUUGUCCUCCUCCCGUUUGGCCUCGCUGCGCUGGGCUUGUUUGUCAUCGGCGUCCCGGCAAGCUUCACGUAUCUUCUCUUUUCGGUGUCGGACACGCUCCGCGAGCCGGACACGAUGCGGCGGUUCUCCCCGCUCUACGUCCUCAUGCGCACGCCGUACCCGUGGAUGGAGUGCGUGCUGCUGGCCAAGCGGCUGGCCAUUGUGGCUGCUGCGCUGUUCUUCUCCAACCUCGCCGAAUGGCUCAUCUCGUCACUCAUCUUUAUCUUCUUCUUCUUCUACGUUCUCCAAGCGCGAUGGCAGCCGUACUGGCUCCCGCUGUACAACACGCUCGAGGAGCGGGUCGGCUGGGGCUGCAUCGCCCUCGUCACCUGCGGCGCCAUGUUUCACUCGGACACCUUUUCGUCGCCGGCGUCGCGGACGGUCUUUACCAUCGUCGCCUUUGUGGUCAUUGGUGGGCUUGGCGUCGUCAUUGUCUCGACCAUGUGGAUCGAGGUCAAGGACAUCUACUCGCGAUCGCGGGCCAAGGGACCCGACGAUGUCCGCGAGGAGGAGCUGUUCCGGCACUUUGAGCUUCACGCGCCGGAUCUCGAGGACCGUGAGCUGGCCCGCGAGCUCGACGCGGUACGCGAGGCGUACUACGAGCGACGUGAGAGCAAGGCGUUUGUCGAGGCAAGCCGGCCGCUCACGCGGCAGCUCUCGCUCCAGCUCUCGCUCGACAUUGCCCGCGAUCUGCCAGUCGAGCUCGAGCUCGGUGAGUUCUCGCCCAUCGCUGCGGGCGUGCUGGGUGAGGACAACGAGGCCGGCAUCGAGUACGGGCGAGGAUGGGUCGAGGCUGAGGCUGAAGGAGCUAGUGAUGCCUUUGACGACCUUGCUCCGUCUGGCUCUGUGACGCGGAACCCCAUUUUUGGCGAGUCGAUGUCGUCGAACCUCUCAUCGUCGAGCUGAGUUAAAAUUGGUGUUUGUG